GGUGCUGCGCGGCGAACUUUAGUAGCGUGACGAGCGUCGAUCCGCUUGUUUCGUCUGUUUGCGCUCUUUACUUCGGCGUCCCAUCCCCGUCUUUUCUUUCGCGCUAUUCGCGCUGUACGACGAGGCGCGGCCGAUCAGGGCUUCGGUCUCUCCAGUUCGGUUGAGACGAACGUGUUUGUGCGUUAUCGAUACUACGAAGGAGCGCGCAGGAGCCAACGAUCGCAGGACUUUACGAAGCGAGUAAGGGGGAGAGACAGACACAGAGGCAUACGUUGAGAUCGGGAACUACGUUACUACGAUGCAGAGCAACGGUUCGGAGAAUGUGGGAUCUGAGAACGGAGUCGACAAAUCAGGAUGGACGGUUGGACUGAUUAACGGAAAGUUUAAGUAUUUAACGGCAGAAACGUUCGGCUUUAAAAUCAACGCCAAUGGAUCGAGCUUGAAAAAGAAGCAAUUGUGGAUGCUGGAAGGCAGCGAGCAUCAGGUUUUUCUUCGCUCUCAUUUGGAUCGAUACCUAGCGGUCGACCAGUUUGGUAACGUGACGUGCGAAAGCGAGGAUUCGACGGAUCCGGGAUGCGCUUUUCAAAUACAGCUCGCUUCCGAUGGCAGCGGACGAUGGGCGCUGAAGAACAUCCAGAGGGGCUACUUCUUAGGCUCGAGCCAGGAUGAAUUGAAGUGCACCGCUAAGGCUCCGGGCGAGGCGGAAUAUUGGCUCGUACAUCUCGCCGCCAGACCGCAGGUGAAUCUUCGAUCCGCCGGGAGAAAACGUUUCGCACACUUGAGCGCUACUCAGGACGAAAUACACGUGGACGCACCGGUGCCCUGGGGUGAAGACACCCUAUUUACUUUGGAAUUCCGCCCGGCGACCAUGGCCGAUGAUGACGGGGGGGAUCGUGCCAAGUCCGAAGGCGGCCAUUACGCUCUGCAUACUUGUAAUAAUAAAUACCUCGCACGUGACGGCAAGCUUCUGGACGCUUGCACGCGAGACUGCCUGUACGCCGCGGAGUUCCACGCCGGUCUUCUCGCUCUUCGAGAUAUACACGGUGCAUACUUGGCACCGAUUGGAAGCAAAGCUGUCCUGAAAUCACGAUCAACAACUGUUACACGCGACGAGCUCUUUUCCUUGGAAGAAUCUUUGCCACAGGCAUCGUUUGUCGCGGCGCUGAACCAGCGAUAUGUUUCCGUAAAACAAGGCGUCGAUGUAACCGCCAAUCAAGACGAGAUUUCCGGCCACGAGACAUUCCAACUAGAAUUCGACCGGGUGACGAAACGGUGGUACGUGCGAACGAUGCAAGAUCGUUACUGGAGUUUGGAGGCAGGUGGCGGUAUUCAGGCUUCCGAUCACAAGCGCUCGUCGAACGCGCUCUUCGAUCUUACGUGGCAGUCGGACGACGGUACGGUCGCGUUGCGCGCCAACAACGGCAAGUUCCUGGCUACCAAGCGGUCCGGCCAUCUCUACGCCAACGCCGAUUCGUUGAACGGCACCGACUCGCCGGACGUCGCCAAGUAUUAUUUCUACUUAAUGAACAGACCCGUGCUGGUGCUCCGAUGCGAGCAGGGCUUCGUCGGGCCCAAAAGCGCGACCAGUCCUAAACUCGAAUGUAACAAGGCUAUCUACGAGACGAUACGCGUCGAGCGGUGCGAGCGCGGUGUAGUCAGAUUCAAGGGACAAAACGGCAAGUAUUGGCACGCGGACAGCGAAGGAGUGACGGUGGACUCCGAUAUGCCGUCUGACGGUUUUUAUCUGGAACUGCGCGAACCGUCUCGGAUCUGCAUCAAAUGCGUGGACGGUCGAUAUCUGACCGCGGGUAAGAACGGCGCGCUGCGUCUAGGAGAGACGGAUUACGAGUCCGCCACCAAGUGGGAAUUCUAACACGGAUAAUGCGCAACAAACCACGUUCCAAUUAUUCCUCCACUGCCUCCUCAGCUUUGGUCGUAACGUAGAGUACCGUAUUAUUAUUCGAUAUAUUCCCCCCCCCCGGCAGGAACUCGUGCAGUUUUCAAGCUUCCUGUCGCGUACUUAAUCGAGCAUAUACCUAUCUAUCUAUCUAUCUAAUCUGUUAUCGCGCCGGGAAUCAUCGCCCGUCGACGUUCGACUCACGAUUUUUUUUUCUCCAAAUUUCUAAAAUUUUUCUAUGAAUCAUUUCGUCAUUCACUGUAACGAAGACUGACUCGAUUAACGACCGACCCAAGUAACGCGAUAGUCUGAGAGACAUGUCGAGAAGAGAGUUCCCAUCUGAGAGAACGGCUCUGGACGACUAUCUAUGAUCUAUUUUAUACGUAAUACACACUUUUAUAUCCAUAAUAUAAGUAAGCUAUCAACUUUUGCCACGCUACGAGUUUGUGCUCAAUGUUUCAAUUGUUUUCGAUAUACAUGAAAUCGAUCGAUAUCACAACCGAUCGUGUCUGUCGUCGAAUAAUACACAUUUAAAUGAUCGAUAAAGCAUUACGCACCGAUGGAAAAAUCUCCUUUGUACUCGCAGUGUGGCAUAGCGUGCGAGCUUCUGCUAUCAUUUUGCGCAUUUUACUCAUUAGGCAGCGUAUUAUUAUCCGCGUACUUGAUCCAUUCGAAUCACUGCCGCCGAGAUGACUUUUCCAGAUUUUAUUACCAAAAUAUCUGUUACGAUCAUAAGUUAGGAUGAGUGCAUUUAAUGAAACGCACGUGAGAGUCUCGCUGUUUUCCCCUCGCAUGCUUCGCACGUACUAUACCGCGUAUAUAUAUAUAUAUAUAUACAUAUAAGCGAAAUAUGCCGGAUUAUGGCUUGGUGAUGGACAGAACAGCAAGUUAGAUACCGUUUGCUUUUACGCUCGUGAGAUGAUACUUGGAUAUAAUACGUUUUUAAGGAAUAAGAUAGUAAACCAAUAAUCUCAUUCAUGUGCAAUUUCAUCGUUUGUAAUCGUUAUGAUCAUCGUCCAUGAAAUCGGCGUUCUGUUUCCUUUUGAAACAUUCGCGACACUGAAUUCUCGAAUAUGAUUGAUCGCCUGCAAUUGUACGAGAUGCGGCGAAAUAAGUAGCUCCGUCAUCUCGAGAGAUAUUAAAGUCGCCAGUCUCGUGUAAACUCUUCACCAACAUCAUUUUAUUAUAAUCACAGCAUGAUAUAUUAUGCGUCUCGCGUUACUUAAUUAUUACAUCUUACGAGCGAAGCGCGUUAAAUCUAUGAUGCGAAGUGUACGAAAACGAUCUGUCGAAUGUUCCAACACUUCUUUCAAUCAUCCGAUCAAGAGAUGUCGGUCAGAUCUAACUUGGCGAGAAAUGACUCGUCGAAUCGACAUCAAAUCGACUUCGAAACAAUCACGUCGAAUCGAUGCCGAUUUCAUGUCGACUUCGUCUUUAUUUCUCGCUGGGAAGUCUCUACUUACUACUGGCAAAUAGUAGAUAUUAAUCCCUCGAUAUAAUUACGUAAGCAAUCUCUUUUUAUUACUUUUUCACGGCAUUAAAAAACAAUGGAUGUAAUAAAUUAAAGGAUGUAAUAAAAGAUUUUUUUAUCAAUCAGAGAAAAGAAGGGGGAAUUCAGUCAA